AUGGAUAAAAAGAUAAUAGCAGAUGUAUUCCAAAGACAUUUAGAUUAAUUGGCCAGUCGUCUCAAUGAAGUAUGUUUUAAUAAAUUAGGAGAUAGGACAUUCCAGCACUGUGCAUUCUAUCAGGAAAAGAGGAUGGCUCAAUCAAACCAAAAACUAAAGCUUUAUUUGUGUGGUUAUUUGGAUACGAUAUGAUUGAGACCGUGUUCAUAGCAACAAAGAAACAAAUUUUCUAUUUGGCAAGUGAGAAGAAGUGUAAAUAUGUUGUUUUUACUUUUUAAUAGUGUAGAUGAUGGAGGAGACUAAACAACGAUUGGGUGGUAGAUAUGAAGUACACUUCUAUAAGAAAGUUGCUGAUAAUCGGGAAAGUUUUGAUAAAAUUCGUUAGAAAUUAGGGAAUGUCAAGCUAGGAAUGCCUACUACAGAACAACAGGCAGGUACUUUAGCCACAGAAUGGUAUGACUAUAAAGGAUGGUCUCAAAUUGUGGAUGCAAGUUAAUUCAUAAGCGAUAUACUUGCAGUAAAGGAUGAUUAAGAAUAAGCCUUCAUAAAUCAAUCAUCAUAAUUGACAACUCGUCUUUUCAAGAAACUCAUAAAAUAGAUAGAAGAUUCAAUAGAUGUUGGAACACGCAUAACUCAUUAAGAUUUAGCUAAGAAAGUAGAGUAAUCAUUAGAUAAUGACAAACAAAAAGUUAUAAAAGAUAUUGGAUUAUAAGAUGGCUUAUAUGAUUUUGCUUAUACACCAAUAAUUUAGAGUGGUGGUAAUUAUCAGCAAGUUGAUAGUCCCAACAAAGAAUAUCUUUCUUCAGAUGUCAUUAUCAUCUCACUUGGUACUUAAGUGAAUGAAUAUAAUACUAAUUGCAUUAGAACAUUGUUUAUUAAUCCUACAGAAGUUCAAAAAAAAUUGUAUAACACAAUACUAGAUGUUUAGAGCAAAAUAGUAGGAUUAUUAACAGUUGGGAAUCCAUUAAAUUAAGUUUAUAAGGAUGCAUUAUUAAUGUUAGAACAAAAAACUUUAGAAUUAAGUAUAGCAAAUAUUUAAUUUCCCACUUCUUUUGGAUAUGGCAUAGGUCUAGAAUUAAAAGAGCCUUUUCUUGCAAUUUCUGAAAAGAGUACACAUAUUGUNGAAUAAUACUUUAAAUUUUCGCGGGGGUUUUUUAUAUAUUUUUUUUGUGGUUUUUUUGAACAUUUUUUAUUGCAAAAGAAAUUAUCAAGAAAGGGUUUGAUAAUUUGA